AUGCGCGAUGUUAUUUGCACGAGUGGUAUCAUGUGACGUUUGACGGUGGCAAUAAUAUAGUGUCGGCGUUGCGCGAUAUCGUAGUGAGGCCAAGUGAAACGAUAACGUGAAUUCGCUCCGAGGACGACAGUGCGCUGGUAAUUCGGCGAGAGAGGCUUUUCCUCGAUCAACUCGAGCUCGGAGCAGAGGUGUCUGAAGGAGAAAAGAGGCCUGACAUAUUUCUCGAUAUCGCCGCUCGCGACGGGACGGGAACAACAAGUACGGGGCGACGAGGAGGAGGAGGACGACGACGACGACGACGACGACGACGACGACGACGACGACGACGACGACGACGACGACGACUCUACAAGGACGAGCGAGCGGAUAUUGUUAAUCGCUGUUGCGCACUUCGUCAACAGAGCUGACUCCGACAAGCUGCCGACGUCCUCCUCCCGUCGCGAGGAUGGCAGACGCCGCCGUUAAUCUUAUUAUAAAGGCGCCGAAUCAGCAAAUCAAGGACCAAGUGGUGAAGUGCGACCUCGGCUGGACCAUCGGCCGCCUGAAGGAGUACCUGUCCGAGGUUUAUCCCAGCAAACCAGAAAGUUCGCACCAAAAAUUAAUAUAUUCCGGGCAACUGCUAAAUGAUUCGGCAAGGUUAAAGGAUGUUCUAAGGCAAUGCAAUGAUUCAGAAGAUCAAGAGUACACUGUUCACUUAGUCUGUACAUCACAAAAAGCAUGGACUGGCAAAGUCACAUCUGAUCAUACGGAAACAACCGAGAAUAUUGAUGUAACAAGAAACAUCCGUAUGAGAACUAAUGUUGUUCAAAAUCAAAGCUACGAGAAUGCUAAUGUCACUACACAACCUCAACAGAUAUAUUCGCCUCAGCAAUAUUUUGACCCUCAAAAUAGCCAACAGCUAGCAUGGAUGCAGGCAUAUACGCACUAUUUCACACAGUAUAUGCAACUCAUGACUGCGCAAGGCGUACAAUUACAAGCCAGUGUUCCGUAUCUGCAGCAGAUGAACAUCAAUACGAACGAUAUGACUCAAAACACAUACACGGCAAACAGUAAUGCCAACAACAAUGUCGGCGACGAACAGGCCCAAGCGGCGGCGGUGGCGCAAGACGCGGCGGACAUUAAUGCGGGAAAUGUCGGGGAAGACGCUGCGUUUAAUCGCGACUGGUUGGAUUUCUUUUAUAUGUUAUCCAGGAUUGUCGUUCUCUUCGGCAUAGUGUAUUUCUACUCGUCCCCCCUCAGGUUCCUCAUCGUCACGUUUCUAGGAUUUGUGAUAUAUUUGUAUCAAGGCGGUUUCUUCAGGGAACGGGCGAUCUUAUUGGCGGAUAACAACAACGGUCGCGCGGACAACAACAACCAGGUUCUGCACAAUGAAGUGAUGGGACCACAAGCCGUGCCGCAGCAACAAAACGCUCAAGUGCCAACUGUGCAGCCGGAGCCACGGACGAACGCCAACGAGAACGAGGAGCAACGACCAGGCGCCCUCGCCUAUACCUGGACCUUCUUCAGUUCAUUCUUCGCCUCGCUUAUUCCGGACCAGCCAAAUGUCAUUUAAUCCCAUCUGGACCUUCUAUCGUAAAAGUCGUAAAGGCUUUCUUUUACUUCGCACUUUACGGAAACGUGAUAAACGAAAUUCUAGAGAUAUUAGACAGUCUGUAGAGAGUCAUAAGCGUUUAACUCGUGACGGAUUUCAUACACACACUCCACGAAAGUCUGAUCAGUUUUACGAAAUACAAUUUUUGUAUCUAAAUCUAUUAUAUAAAUAUACAUAAAUGUUGAUAUACGUGUAUUAGUGAUCGACAUCAAACGCUUAAGAUGAGGGACUAUUAUCACGUGAAAAGAAAACAUUUUCAAUGAAUAUAUAUGUACAGAUCAUAUGCAAGGAUGUGUCAUUACAAUCGUGAAAUAUUUUGGCAGUAUAUUCGGAAGAUUGAUCAGAAAAGUCGAUAUGGAUAUUUCGCAAUGACUAAAAUUGAAGUCUAUAAUCACUUGUAAUAUGCAUAUACCAGUCACGCGUUUAUGUUCACUGUUUAACUCCUGUCUUUCUUUGAUUUCUGAGUAUGAGCUUGAGCAUUCGAAUUGUGUGCAAUAUGAUUAAUUAUAUAUUUAUGUAAUAACAGCAAUUGAUUAAAAAAAAUCCUUGAUUCCUGUCUCGGAAAUGAAUGUUACCGCAAGAUUUGUGUGUAUUAGGAUUUUUAAUCUUAAUUAAAUGUUUUACUCCGAGAAUAAUAUGAUUCCAGAGAUUAUAUCCUAAUUAAAAUAUUUCAUCGUAGUUCUGAGACAUCAUUCUGUAUAUCUAAUGUCGCAUAUGCGUCUAGAAAAAAAAGGGGAAAAAAAAAGAGAGAAAAAAGAAAAAGAAAAGAGAAAAACUUACAGUUUAAGAGACAAAAUGAUCGUGUUAUAUCUGUAGUUCUUGAGGCUAACUUUUCUUCAGAAGGAAAUGGUUAGAAUCGUCAUCCCAAAGCUGUUAGGGUUUACUGUAUAAAGAAAAUUUUUUAUGUUUUUGUAGUAAUAUAAAUAUACAACGAGGUAAUAUAUGGUGUAUAUACACACAUACACGUAAAUAUAAGGAGCGUAGAGCUUGUACCAUAUAAGGCGAUGAUAAUGAUAAAAAUAGAUGCUUAAAAAUUUUCUUCAAGAGAAUUGCUAUUGCAAUACUGUUAUUACGCGAAGAUUAUUUCUGUGAUGUUUAAUACAGUUGGAUAUAUUCAGCGUGAUAGCCUUGUAAAAUAUUGUCGCGCUUCGUUCAUAUGUAUAACUAUUAUCGAUAAAAAUAAUAUAUUCAAGGCGGAAGUAUGAAUUAGUAGUAUGGAACUGUUAAAUUUCCGUAAUUUUCCUAAAUAGUCGCGACGAAGGUCGGCGCGAAGAUGAGGGUGUAUGUAAAGCAAAUAAAGCGAUUUUUGAAGUCUGUCGUUUAAU